AUGGCGUCAACACCGGGCCCAGUGAUGGAGCUUUUGGGGCGUGUUGCCUACGAGAUCGAGGUGAUGCGGCCAUUGUUCCCGACAUAUCUACACCUUCUCAUCUCUGCCAUCUUCCCCAUUUAUACGGCUGCGCAUGCUGCGUUAUCGCGACCGCCGUCAGCGAGCCCACGUAAACGCAAAGAAGGGUCGACCGAUGAUGACCUUGGCGACGAUGGCGAAUCACAGAAGAUCGAAAGCUUGACCCCUUCGGACGCAGUCCUCUUCCCACUCCUCGCAGGUGCUACAUUGGCCAGCCUGUACUUCAUCCUCAAAUGGCUUCAAGACCCAGCGUGGUUGAACUGGGCUCUGGGAAUCUACUUCUCGCAAAUCGGCCUCUUCUUUGCCGUAAAGUUCAUCAAGGACACGUUGUCUAUCGCGAGGUCUUUUCUCUUCCCAGAUCAGUACUCGCGUGGAGGCAACGUCUGGAAAGCAAAUCAAUCGGAGCACAGCUUCAAGACCGAAACCGGUGACAGCUCUCCUUCGCCGUUUCCGUGGUUGCUGUGGCCUCUGCCUAUUCCGACCUCGAUCUCAAGACGGAUCUGGCAACUCCGCGGCCUCUUGUACACCAAAGCUCGUUUGGAUCUCCAUGUCCACCAGUUGAUAACUGUCAAAUCCUCGAUCGAUCUUCUGGACUUGAUGAGUCUGUUGCUGUCCGUCGCGAUUGUCUCCUACCACGCCUUUGUCGCCAAACCCUGGUUCAUCACCAAUUUCCUAGGCUUUUCAUUUUGCUAUGGUUCAUUACAAUACAUGACGCCGACGACGGCGUGGACGGGCACCCUUGUUCUAAGCGCACUCUUCUUCUACGACAUCUAUUUCGUUUUCUUCACGCCGAUGAUGGUCACGGUAGCAACACAGUUGGACGUACCCAUCAAGUUGCUAUUCCCACGGCCUGAUGGUUGUGUUUUCCCAGUCGGGGCAGCUGAAGGAUCAGUGGCGAUGGAAGAGUAUUUGCAGUGUCUGGCAAAGACUAGAACCAUGGCGAUGCUGGGACUCGGAGAUAUCGUCGUACCGGGCAUGAUGCUUGCUUUUGCACUGAGGUUCGAUUUAUUCUUGUUCUACCUUCGACAAGGCCGAAAGGUAGAGAAGGGAGGUGUAGAGACAGAAAAGCCGGUGUAUGCCAGUGCCAAAGGCAACUGGGGAGAACGAUUCUGGACGAGGCCGAAAUUGUGGUCGGACGAUAUCAAGGCCAAGAGCUUCCCCAAACCAUACUUCUAUGCCACAAUUGUUGGUUAUGUUCUCGGCAUGAUCAUGACCGUGGUGGUAAUGCAAGUUGCCGAGCAUGCACAGCCAGCAUUACUGUACUUGGUGCCCGGAGUUCUGUUCUCUCUGUGGGGUACAGCGCUUGUGAAGGGUGAUCUGAAGGCUCUAUGGGACUACACCGAAGCGUCUGAAGAGGAAAAGGACGAGGGUAAGAAGGAAGACAAGAACAGUCAGCAACAAAAGGCGGAUACCGCUAUUCAAGAUCAUCUUGAGGUCGAGUCCAAGCGUGAGAAAAAGCCUGGCAAAAAAAGCCCGGAGGAAAAGGCUGAAAAGCAAAGUCGGCGCUUGAUUUUAUUUUCGAUCACGUUGCCUCAAGCCUUCAAGAGAACAGGCCAGAAUGUCACCGGCAACGAGCAGACGUCGACCGAAGCUUCGUCCGGAGCAAAGACUACGGCCGACAACGGUGAUGGUCGUGACAUGGGUGCGCGACGCUCACUCGACGAGGCUGAGGCACGCAGCCGAGAAGGUGAACCUCCGGAGAAAAGAGCCAGACGAGUGUGA